CUAUCCCUUUCUCUCGCUCUUGUUUCUCCCUUUCUCUAUCAAUCUCUCCCUUUCUGAAAGCUUGGGUCGCUUACAUCAAUUAAUCAGAGAGUGAAGACCCAGGAGGAGGUAAGUGGCCCAUCUAAGAUCUCUGACAACCUGUCGGUUGUUCUAAAUAAUGAACAUAUUUGGAGCUCCUUCCGGUUUCACAGGUGAUGGAAGCAACAUGUUUAUGGGAACAAAUACAGCCAACUAUAAUCCAAUGAAGGAUAUUGAGGUGACUUCACCUCCAGAUGAUAGUGUUACUGUGGUGAAAUUCAGUCCAAGCACUUUACCCUCCACCUACCUCAUCGCUGGUAGCUGGGACAACAAUGUUCGGUGCUGGGAAGUACAACCAAAUGGCCAAACCAUUCCAAAGGCUCAACAGACACAUACAGGUGCUGUACUUGAUGCCGACUGGAGCGAUGAUGGAACGAAAGUGUUUACAGCAUCGUGUGACAAGACUGCAAAAAUGUGGGAUUUAGCAAGCAAUCAGACUGUUCAAAUAGCUCAGCAUGAUGCACCUAUUAAAACAGUCCACUGGAUCAAGGCCCCAUCUUACUCUUGUGUGAUGACAGGAAGCUGGGAUAAGACUUUAAAGUUUUGGGACACCCGAAGUCCAACCCCUAUGCUCGUGAUUAACUUGCCUGAAAGAUGUUACUGUGCUGAUGUUAAAUAUCCAAUGGCUGUCGUAGGAACAGCUGGAAGAGGUUUGAUAAUAUACCAACUGGAAAACCAACCACAAGAGUUUAGGAAAAUAGAUUCUCCAUUAAAAUUCCAGCACCGAUGUGUGAGUGUAUUCAUGGACAAGAAAAGUAACCAACCAACGGGCUUUGCCCUUGGCAGCAUUGAGGGCAGGGUGGCUAUCCACUAUGUACAGUCGACCAAUCCAAAGGACAACUUCACAUUUAAAUGUCAUCGACUGAAUGGAAGCACAAAUGGCAUGCAGGAUAUUUAUGCUGUGAAUGGCAUUGCUUUCCAUCCAGUCCACGGUACUUUAGCCACUGUUGGUUCUGAUGGAAGGUUCAGUUUCUGGGAUAAAGAUGCACGGACCAAGUUAAAAAAUUCCGAACAGUUUGAUCAACCCCUGACUACUUGUUCCUUCAAUGCUCAAGGAAACAUAUUUGCUUAUGCUUCCAGCUAUGAUUGGUCAAAGGGCCAUGAAAGUUUUGACCCACAGAGAAUGAAGCCACACAUAUUUUUAAGAUCUUGCUUUGACGAACUGAAGCCAAGCUCUAAAAAGAGUUGAGUUGCAGACACCACCUCCACCGCCACCGCCAUGCACUGCAAAACCAACAUACCAAAGAAAAACACAAAGGAAGCAAAGCAAAAAAACAAAGAACUAAUAAAGAAAUUAGUCCUCAUAUUCUGGUGGGAAAUUAA